GGUAUCUUCAGCUAUCAUUCUAUGCAGACCGACCAGAGACAGAUAAGAUAUUGUGGGACAUAUCCGGAGCCAAGUUUUAAAUUGAGAAUAUCUCAAUUUUAUAUCUCCAAUACUUUCGAAGAGAGCUGUAGGGCGAAAAAAAAACGGCACGUGCAGGUGAUAAAAUUCUCAAAGGAUUGGCUUAUAUCUGGAGACUUCGUCAGCUCUGCUCACUUCCCCCCGGAGUGGUUUGAUCGCAUACGACGAACAACCAAGUCAUGUGGCUUCUGACUCUGACGGUGAUACUCAGUGGCCUGCUCUGGACUGCUCAUGCAGAUUCUUGCGCGGGGCGCUGUGGAUCGGGCGUGGAUUCGUCCAAAAACUGCCAGUGUAACUCUCACUGUGAAAGGUUUGGCGAUUGCUGCUCUGACUACGACAGUCUCUGUAAUGGAGCCCCCUCACCGCCGGGAUCCACGCCUACUGACCUCCAUGGCAUCGCCAGUCUGAUCUGGGAGAAAGACGUAAACCGUGCGUCGUCGUCCCACAUCACGGUGAAUUACCAGGGGCAUACCUCCACGUCCUCGGGCGGAGUAGACAAGGCCACCCACCCGUAUUUCACCCACGUCAACGAGGCUGUCCUGUUUAGCAGACCGACGUACAGUCACUUUAUUUCUCUCCUGGAUAAUUAUGACCACAGCGUGGACGCCACAGAGUAUCUGUCCGAGCAUCAAUGGCACGAGACUGACAGGUUUCUGGACGUAGCACUGGACACGGAUGUCAUGCGAGAAACCGAGAAGUUCCUCCGAAGUAAAGGUCUUGUGAGCGGCGGUAGCUCCGCCUUUCGCAGUAAGUUGCACUCUCUGUGGUUCGAACUGUACAAGCGCUCGUCGAACGGAAAAAUCAGCAGCAGCGGUUUUGAGCACGUGUUCGUAGGCGAGACCAAGUCGAAUUCCGUGACGGGAUUUCACAACUGGAUUCAAUUCUAUCUAGAGGAGAAAAGAGGUCGUCUGGAUUACAAAGGUUACGUUUCCCGCUCUCAGCCUGACCUCAUCGGCUCCCAGUUCUCCUGGCACCAAGGACUCCUGAAGAGUAAGGGGACGUUUUUCGUCGGGACGAGUCCCGAAUUCGAGAUGGCCAUCUAUACCAUCUGCUUCCUCAUGAAGCCAAAUGACAGUUGCCACAUCCGGUUGAAUGGUCACAGUGUCAGCAUUAAGACGUACGACAACUCCAAUUGGUCCGGAAAACAAAUAGCAACGGCCUAUCCCAUGUAGACGCUGAUACCGCGGUCUGAAGUCGACGGUACGGA